CCCCAGCCGCGGUCUGUCCUCCCUAAUAACCACUCUUGGUUCUGCAGCAAUGCCGUCUUCAAGAGCCACGGUUACUGCCUGUCCCAGGCCCUGCGAUUCACCAUAGAGGAGAUCAACAAUUCCAGCACGCUGCUUCCGAAUGUCACUCUGGGCUACGACAUCCACGACACCUGCUCUGAGCCCGCCAACCUCCACGCCACCCUGAGUGCCCUCAUCCGCAAAGGCAGGCAGGAUGUCCAGCUGCUCCCCACCUUACAACACUAUGAGCCCCAGGCUGUUGCUGUCAUCGGCCCCGACAGCACACAGCUGGCCCUCACCACAGCUGCCAUCCUCGGCAUCUUCCUUGUACCAGAGAUCAGCUAUGAAGCCUCUGUGGAGACGCUGAGCAUGAAGCGGCUGUACCCGUCGUUCCUGCGCACCAUCCCCAGUGACAGGCAGCAGGUGAAAGCUAUUUUCCUGCUGCUGCAGCACUUUGGCUGGACCUGGGUGGCGCUGCUGGGCAGCGACAACACCUAUGGUAGGGGUGGCCUGGAUGCCCUGCAGAAGUUGCUGACCACAAGUGAUGUGUGUGUGGCCUACCGAGGCACCAUUCCUAUCAACUCAGACACCAGCAACCCUGAGCUCCACAACAUGGUCCGAAUCCUCACAGACGUCAAGGUCAAUGUCACCAUUGUCUUCUCCAACAGCCGAAGCGCCCGCCCAUUCUUCGAGGUGGUGGUCCAGAGGAACAUCACAGGCAUGGUGUGGGUGGGCUCUGAAGACUGGCUGUUGUCUCAAAUCAUCUGGCAGGUGCCUGGCAUCCAGACCAUUGGCACGGUGAUUGGGAUGACAGUUGAAAAGCCAGAGUCUGUGAUGCUGGAACGCUUUGAAAGUUGGAAGAUGGUGGAGGAAGGUGCUGCGGCCAAGUGUGCCGGCACUGCAGAGGCAGGCGGGGAAUCCGGGGGGAGCUGCACCCAGCACUACACCAGCUGCCGCUCACUCACUGCUGCCCCCAACGUGUUCGACGCUCAAGCCUCCUUCAACGUGUACUCGGCCGUGUACGCCGUGGCCCAUGGCCUCCACAACCUGCUGGGCUGUGCCUCGGGGGCUUGCAGCAAAGGCACCAUCUAUCCCUGGCAGCUCCUACAACAGAUCAGGCAGGUAAACUUCACCCUGUACAAGAGCCGAGUCUCUUUUGACGCCAGCGGGGAUAUUUGUAAAGGCUACGACAUCGUCAUGUGGAACUGGAGUGGCUCAAGCUGGGCUUCUGAUGUGAUAGGAACCUUCCAUGUCAACCCUGACAGGCUGAGCAUUGACCCAGGCAAAGUCCUGUGGCACACAAAAGAUAGCCAGGCUCCCACCUCGGUGUGCUCCAAGGCCUGUGAGCCGGGGGAGUGGCGGCUGCAGCAGACCCGCCACCGGUGCUGCUUUAGCUGUGCGGCCUGUCCGUUGGGAACCUUCCUGAACAGAUCAGACCCCUACGGCUGCCAGAACUGCAGGUUGGACGAGUGGGCCCCGGCAGGGAGCGAGGCCUGUUUCAUCCGUACUGUCGAGUUCCUGUCCUGGUCCGAGCCCCUCUCCUGGGUGCUGCUGACCCUGGCUGUGCUCCUCAUGCUGCUCAUGGUGGCACUGGCUAUCCUCUUUGCCCUCAAUGCCUCCACACCCGUGGUCAAGUCUGCGGGCGGGAAGAUGUGCUUCGUCAUGCUGGGGUCCCUGGCCUGCACCUGCAGCAGCCUCUUCUGCUACUUCGGGGAGCCCACACGGCUGCUGUGCCUGCUGCGGGUGCCACUCUUUGCCGUCAGCUUCACCAUGUUCCUCUCGUGCGUGGCGACCCGCUCCUUCCAGAUCCUCUGCAUCUUCAAGCUGAACGCGCGCUGCCCAGCGCUCUACGAGGCCUGGCUGCGGCGCCAGGGCCCGCUGCUGUUUGUGGCCGGCGCUGCGGAGCAAAAAGAGCCCCCCCGCCCCGGGAAGCAGAAAAGGAAACAUACUGGAGAGAAGCCAUUUGAGUGUUCCAAGUGUGGCAAAUGUUACUUUAGAAAAGAGAAUCUCAUGGAACAUGAAGCCAGGAACUGCAUGAACCGAUCAGAACAGGUGUUCACGUGCUCAGCGUGCCCGGAGGUGUUCAAGCGGCGGAUGGAGCUGCGGCUGCACAUGGUGUCGCACACCGGGGAAAUGCCAUACAAGUGCUCCUCAUGCUCGCAGCAGUUCAUGCAGAAGAAGGAUCUUCAGAGCCACAUGAUAAAGCUGCAUGGUGCACCCAAGCCCCACGCGUGCUCAACCUGCUCCAAGUGCUUUCUGUCCCGGACAGAGCUGCGCCUGCAUGAGGCCUUCAAGCACCGCGGAGAGAAGCUGUUUGUGUGUGAGGAGUGCGGGCACAGGGCCUCGAGCCGCAAUGGCCUGCAGAUGCACAUCAAGGCCAAGCACAGAAACGAGCGGCCCUAUGUGUGUGAGUUCUGCCACCACGCCUUCACGCAGAAAGCCAACCUCAACAUGCACCUGCGCACACACACUGGCGAGAAGCCCUUCCAGUGCCACCUUUGCGGCAAGACCUUCCGGACACAAGCGAGCCUGGACAAGCACAACCGGACGCACACCGGCGAGCGGCCAUUCAGCUGUGAGUUUUGUGAGCAGCGUUUCACGGAGAAGGGGCCGCUGCUGAGACACAUCGCCAGCCGGCACCAGGAGGGGCGGCCCCACUUCUGCCACAUCUGCGGGAAGACGUUCAAAGCAGUGGAACAGCUGCGCGUCCAUAUCCGCCGGCACAAGGGCGUGAGGAAGUUUGAGUGCACUGAGUGUGGCUACAAGUUCACGCGGCAGGCUCACUUGAGGCGCCACAUGGAGAUCCACGACCGCGUGGAGAACUACAACCCACGGCAGCGGAAGCUGAGGAACUUGAUCAUCGAGGACGAGAAGGAUGUGAUGGUGGUGCUGCAGCCGCCACCAGAGCUGGAGGUGGGCUCGGCCGAGGUGAUUGUGGAGUCACUGGCCCACAGGCCGCUGCCCGAGGAGGUUCCUGCGCAGAGACUGUGCUCAGACGAGAACUUCUCCACGGCGGAUGUGAUUGAGCAAUCUCUGAUUAUAACGACAACGAUUCCUGAAGACUGUGAAACGUAGUGCAGCCACCCUUCCACUGAAACACAGUAAAGUCUGGGCUGAGCCAAUCUCUGCCA